UCUGAGAGAUUAUGUUCGUUUUUGGGAAACAAGAUUGUGCAAGAAGCGAUCGGUUCAGUGUAGAAGCUUCUUACUCGGCCUUUGUUGGGACAUACAGAGCAUUGAUGCUCUAUCACGCGCUCGCUUUGAACACGCAGCGUCGCGGAUUUAGCGAACUGAAAUGGACUUUCUUGUUUGCGAUUGAGGUUUCUCGCAGUGGUUGCAGCCUUUUGCCGCACUACCAUUAUUGGAUAAAGAGCAAGCGCAUAGUGACGCCGGAUGGGAUCAUUUCCGGCGCAGUUGAGGUGAAGGGGAAAUUCAUUACCUCUGUUGUAACGGAGAAUGAUUGGCGAGGGACUUCCAAAGGAGAGCAAGUAAUUGAUUACGGAGAGGCUGUGGUCAUGCCUGGCUUGGUUGAUGUGCAUGCACAUCUCGAUGACCCAGGAAGAGCUGAUUGGGAAGGAUUUCCUUCAGGAACUAAAGCAGCUGCUGCUGGUGGAAUAACAACGUUGAUUGAUAUGCCCCUCAAUAGUUUUCCCUCGACUACUUCGACGGAAAGCCUGGAACUGAAGAUUAAGGCUGCAGAGAAGAACAUUUACGUCGAUGUCGGUUUCUGGGGAGGUUUAGUUCCUGAAAAUGCGUUCAAUUCAAGCGCACUGGAAGCUCUCCUAGAGGCUGGUGUUCUUGGUCUGAAGUCCUUUAUGUGUCCCUCGGGAAUCAACGACUUUCCCAUGACAAAUGCCAAUCACAUCAAGGAAGGAUUGUUGGUGUUAGCGAAAUAUAGGAGACCAUUGCUCGUUCAUGCAGAAAUUCAACUAGACUCCGAAAGCCACUUGGAUCUAAAUACAGAAGAUGCCCGAUCUUAUUCCACCUAUCUGAAGACAAGGCCACCUGCAUGGGAGGAGGCAGCUAUUCGUGAGCUUUUAACUGUGACAAAGGACACAAGGAUUGGUGGCUCUGCCGAAGGAGCUCAUCUUCACAUUGUUCAUUUGUCUGAUGCAAGUUCGUCCUUGGAUUUGAUAAAGGAAGCAAAAGUUAAUGGUGACAGUUUAAGUGUUGAGACUUGUCCCCAUUACCUAGCUUUCACAGCAGAAGAAAUUGAGGAUGGAGAUACACGCUUUAAAUGUGCUCCCCCCAUCCGUGAUGCGUCUAAUAGAGAAAAGUUGUGGGAUGCUUUAAUGGGUGGCCACAUUGACAUGCUGAGUUCUGACCAUUCGCCAACAGUUCCGGAGCUGAAACUACUAAGUGAUGGCAAUUUUUUGAGAGCUUGGGGUGGAAUUUCUGGCUUGCAGUUUGUUCUUCCUGUCACCUGGUCAUAUGGCAAAAAAUAUGGGGUUACUUUGGAACAGCUAGCUUUAUGGUGGAGUGAGAGGCCUGCGAAAAUCGCUGGACAAAAGUUAAAGGGAGCCAUUGCAAGUGGAAACUUUGCAGAUAUUGUAAUAUGGGAUCCCAGUGCCGAGUUUGACCUCACCAAUGAGUACCCUGUAUAUAUUAAACACCCGUCUAUCUCAGCCUACAUGGGAAGAAGAUUAGCUGGAAAGGUUUUUGCUACUUUUGUUGGAGGAAAUCUUGUGUAUAAAGAGGGAAAGCAUGCUGCCGCUGCCUGUGGUGUUCAAAUCCUUGCCAAAAAUAUGAACAAAUUAACAGGCCUAUUCAUCAAACGACCUUUGUACAUUUUUCGAAGCAUGGAUUACCUAUCUAAGGACAAGGCAAAAGAAACAAAAUUUCACACAGCUCGGAGAUUUGUGGUUCGGAACUGAACAAGGACUUGGCACAAGGAUAGAAGAGAGAAUACUGUGUGAAUUGACGCCGUGCAAAUGGAAUGAAGAGAUAAGAUGACCCCCUUGACAAUAUACUGCUUUAGCAUCUCCGUUUGUGGUGUUUCUGUACAGUUCGUGAUGUAGGUAGUGGUUUUUGAAGUCUGAAAUGUCCAAUGCUGUUAUAAUUAUGCUUGUUUCAAUUGAACUUAUAUCAUUUCCACGUCA